CGGAAGAGUAUGUUCCAUUAAGCGCGAGGACGACCCGAAAGAUUUUUUACGCCGUUUUUGUUAAAUCGGUAAAAAGGAAUAAAUACAGGAUGGAACAUCAAGAACAAGCCACGACGGCGGAACAAUUUCUCUUCAACCUCCAGACUCACGUCGCGCGGGAGGACACUGAUGACUGGCAAACGGUGUGUAGCUCAAGGAAGUCGAGCAGCAAUACUGGCAGCAAGAAGAGCUCUUCUUCGAAACAAUCUUCCGGAAGCAGCUUCGCAACAAACGGAUCGAAAACUAGCCUUGACGCGCAGCAGAAACACUUCACCUCCGAGCCGACAAUUUCUGCUUCGACCGUAAUUGCGACCACCACGGGCAAGAAAAGUAAAGAUGCCCCCUCUGAUGGCGGUGGCGUGAAGAGCGGCAGAAAUAAGAAAUCCGUGCCUGUAGCAAAGCGGGAACUGCAGGAGUGUGUCGCUUUGAAUUUAAAAACGAAUGUUUUACGCAACUCGAUCAAAGAGCCGCGCUGCGGAACCACGACGGGGUUGUUUAUUAGCAGGGAGUCCGCACCAGUCGCAGCUGAGGGAACAGCAGGGCAAGAAUUGAAAGAGCGGCCGCGUUUCAUGCUGCAACUCUCGGAUUCCACCUGUCACUUCUUCCGCACCACCAGCUCGCCGGUGGCUGCGACCGCGGAUGAAACAGCGAAGAUUUUUGGGGUGCAGCUUGCGGAGAAAUUGAAGAAAGGUGAAGGACGAGAAGGGGAAAUAAGCACCAAAGUUUUUGCGAAAGAACCCACGACUUCCACCCUGCCUCCAGGACCGUCUCAUGCGUCGAGUAGUUGCACUUCCAGUGUUGAACAACGUCGAGAUGCCGCUUCUGUGGCUAACGAAAAUUAUGUGGGUGUCGAACCGGGGCAGCUUGAAGUCUUCGUAGAAGAAAGAGAACCCGAAAAACAGGAUGAUGUCAUUCCUCCGGAACAAUCGCAACACAUCUCGAUCCUACACCUGUUGCAACAAAGUGCUGGUUCAUCGUCUCGUACGGAUGAAGAUGAAGUAGAAGUGGUGCGCGCUCCAGAAGCAGAAGCUGCUAGCAGCACGUUGUUCCCACCGGCAGAUGAUGAACUUGUAGCAGAAGAUGAACCUAAAAAGUCCCUCCUCGAUUCCCUCCUCGCGGAGCUCGAUGAGAAGAGUCUGGAAGAGAAAAAGGAGAAACAGCAGAAGCAGCAAGAAGCAAUUUCUAUCCUGUGCAAAAGUAUCGUACUCGUAUAAAUGCAUUACAAAUUUCCUCAGCAUGAGAGAUAAAAUUUGUAAUGCUGAUUUACCUUUAAGAAGAAGAUUUGUAAUGCAUGACUGCAAUUACUACGAGUACGAUACUUUUGCAGUUCAUAAUUUCCGCCGUCAAACAACAGAAGUACGCGAAAAAUGAAAUCUACGCUGGAUUGACGGGAACGUCGAGCAGCCGACACGCUAAUUAUAACUGCGGAGGAGCUGGAGGUGUCUACUCCCAAAGUGUCUCUCCCAAGAAGAGACAGCGGUGGGUUCCGCCCUGGAACUACCGGCUGCAACAGCAGGGGGAGGUGGAAUAUCAAAUGCACCUCCCGGAGAAGGAGAUGAAAAACUUCUACGGGCACAACUACAAUUACCACGCUUGGCUUUGGCAAGAAGACCAGCACACUCCGUCGUACGCGUCGUGUAACUGGUUCUGGUGGUACGAAAAAGGUGGACCAAGUAGUACAAGCGGCACAACAUCUUGCGGCCGAAGAACUAUUGUUGCAGUCAAAAAAACGUCCUCUGUCGAAUACUUCUUCGAUCCUGGUCCGGACUUUUUCGACUGGGUUCAAAGAGGUCGGCUCAACUACUACGACCCGAGGACCACGAGCAGUUAUGAUUAUACCGCGGAACGCGCACGCAAAGUAGACGAUGCUGCACGCAAAGUAGAUGGUGCAGCUGGUGCUGCUGCAGUACCGGGAAGAAUUACAGAGGCGCCGCCAGGGCUCGGGUAUGAUGAAGAUUACAGAACCACGCCGCGCGCCGGAGCAGGGAGGCACGAGCUGCAGCUGCAAACGGGGCAGUCUGGCUCUGGUGCUCCUAAUAUCGGGGACGAAACAAAUAACAACAUGUGGAGCGAUCGGAAUCAGGAGCAAGCCACGAAGACAACUAAGCAGUCGGAGGAAAAAAUGAUGGUCUUCCUCCCGCCCUCCAACCUUCCAGGUGGUACGCUUCUUCGUGAUCUGCUUCUGUUGCAAUCAUCCAGGUCUUCUUCUUCCUCCCAUCCGCCAACGACGGCUUCUUCCUCCACGCAAAAUUCCAAGAACACCUCCACACAGUUGAUGCAGAACGUGCAAGAAGAAGAAUCCAAUGCAGUUCCGGACGCGGAGCAGCAAGACAAAGAAGCAAAACUCCGUCAGAUGCGGCUGGAUGAACAGGAGGAAUUGUUGGAUUUAUCCUGUGCAAAAGUAACGUACUAGCAUAAAUUGCAUUACAGAUUAGCUCAGCAUGACAAAAUUUGUAAUGCUGUUUUGAAUGAGGAUGAUGAUUGUCAUGUAUAUUUGCAAUUAGUACGACUACGAGUACGAUACUUUUGCAGAGCAUGGGACUACAUCGUCAACUACAUGAAGAUAUCCUGAGUAAAAACGUACCCACACCAUAGUUGUCAUGCAAAUCUGCAUGCUUAAAAUGUUUGUCAUGCGGAGCCCCAUGAGAAGCAUUUUCUAAGGGUGUUUUGAAAUUUGUCAUGCUCCAAUCAGCAUGAAAGACUAGAUCUGUAAUGCUGCUGAACUAGCUCAAACAGCACUACACUUCGCGUCCAAAUUUGUCAUGCGAAACAAGCAAAGUUGGCCGAUUUGUCUAGCAGAUUUUCCAUCUUGACUCUGGUGUGGGUACGUUUUUACUCAGGAUAGAAGAAGCACACGGCUUUGCUCCAAAACAGCACGAUCUCUCUGGAGCAAGGCACCGCCGGAAGAACCGCGGAAGGUUUAUUAGACGAAAUCACGCUGAACGCAAAGGUUUGCUCGUGGCUGAGCGAAAACUACUACAGUUACUACUUGCCGAAAAUGAAGUUGUUGACGAAUGCGACGAGGCAGCACAUGGAGAGGAAGAAUUCAGCUGCGAAAGUUAAAAUCUCCGAUAUGACCCGCUCAGACGUUACAAUCUCAACUGUUACAAUAGAAUCUGGAAAUCUGUGAUGCAAGAGCUGCAUGAUCUAGGUAGCCUACUAUCAUAGGACUGUGCAUGACGAGUUUCGGAGUCCCAAACCCACCUGAAAUCCGGCAAAAUUUGUAUUGCGAAAAGCUCAAUUCUCUCUGCGUUCAUCAUGCUCUUCAUGUAAUACAAAUUCCAGAUUCUAUUGUAACGCUUAAGAUUGUAACCACGUUUGAGCAGGCCAUAUCCGAGCAGGACAUCCUCGAGGUGAUUUACAGCGACAUAAAGUUCUGCCGGGACGAGCUGGCGAAGGAAUUUUGUCGGUAUUUCUCGGAAAAAUACGCCGUGCCGAAAGCGGAAAAUGUAAAUGGAGAAGGGACGGUGUCGAUUGGUGUCAUGAAUGGUGGUGGCGGGAAGUAGGUAGGGAUUGUGACGGUCGUUGAACCGCUGCAAGGCGCGGUUCUUUUCACUGUAGGAUUUAGUGGCUGGUAGUACAACGCUGCCUGUCUUGUACAAGUACACUGCAGUUCUGUUCUAGACGCAUUUCGAUUUUCUAAAUCGCUAAAGAUAACAAACAGGUUUACCGUUUCAGUUUCGCAUUACGAUUACAGUUAGAAGUUUCGUUUUAUUUCAAAAUUACGUCUUCAGAGUUUUUAUUAAUAUUAUGUGUCUCACUCUAUAACCGCGAUCGAAGAAAUUGUAAAUUCCUCCAGCCCUUUCUGUACAAAUAAUAAAGAAAUCUAAGAAUAGCAAGGCGUAUCCGUAGUGUUGUACCAACUUGAGAAAUGGAUCUGUAUCUUUAGCAAAAACGAUGUUUAGUUUUGGAAUGUCUGCCCGUUUAGGUAUGUACAAAAUUUGAUUAAAGCUUCAGUAGCCUUCAGAAGGAACAAAUCUAAACAGCCUGAUAUCAAGUACGUACAAGAAACAGCAAUGAAGAUAAGCGGUGGUCUGAGAUGAAAUGCGAUCGUCAAGCUCAUCUUCUACUAAAGGCGAUAGAAAUUUUGUGCGAAAAGAAAAAACCAAACCAAAAAAGAUCAAUCUAAAGAACCAGGACACAAUGGUUCUUAAAAUUGACUUGGAUCCAAUAAAACCGAUCAUACCUCCAAGCAGAUCUGCAAAAGUAC